CAUUCAUCAAUCUCUUCACAUCCCCCAACUUCUCCACUCUCUCUCUCUCUCUCUCUCUCUGACCAAAACGAACACCUUUUUCUUCAAAAGUCUCUGGAGUCUAAAACAAGCAUAUCUCCCCGAUCGAACCAAAACAAUCACCUCUCACCUCUCUCUCUCUCUCUCUCUCUCAUUUUCUCUUUAUUUGCUCUCUCAGAACCUGAACAAACACCUCUGAGCUCUUUCUUUCUAGGCUCCCAGAAGAAACACCAUGACGGACAGGGUCUAUCCCUCUGCUAAGCCCAACACCGCCAACGGCACCGCCGUCGCCGCAGCCGGAAACGGCGCCUUCCCUGCCACGAAGGCCCAACUCUACGGCGCCACGCGCCCCGCCUAUCGCCCGCAACCCCACCACCGACGCCGCAACGGCCGUAGCUGCUGCUGCUCCUGCUGUCUCUGGCUGACCCUCCUCAUCAUCAUCCUCCUACUCAUCGUCGCCAUCGCCGGCGCCGUCUUCUACGUCCUCUACCGCCCCCACCGCCCGGCGUUCUCCGUCAGCGGUCUCAAGCUCUCCUACCUCAACGUCACCUCCUCUUCAACGCUAAAUUCCAAAUUUGACCUCAACAUCACGGCCAAAAACCCAAACAAGAAGCUCGUCUUCAUCUACAGCCCCAUAACCAUCUCUAUACUCUCAAACGACGUUGAUAUUGGCGACGGAACUGUACCCUCCUUCGUUCAUGGCAAAAAGAACACGACCCUUUUGAAAACUGCCAUUACGAGCAGCGGCAGAGCUCUGGACAGCGCUUCUGUUAGUGGGUUGAAGACGGACAUGAAGAGCAAGAACGGUCUGCCAUUGAAGAUAAAGCUUGACACGAAGGUGAAGGCCAAGAUGGGUGGAUUCAAAACCCCAAAAAUUGGGAUUAGAGUUUCUUGUGAAGGAAUUAGCGCUACUCUUCCUACUGGGAAGACCGCGGCGACUGCGUCCACCGCCAACGCCAAGUGUAAGGUUGACGUCAGAGUCAAGAUCUGGAAAUGGACUUUCUAAAUAGCAAGAAGAAGAAGAAGAAGAAGAAGGUUUGAAUUUGUUUAUGUUCUCUUUUCUUUUUAAAUAAUUUUCUAUUAUUCUUUUGUCUUAAUUUUGGUGAUUAUGUAAAUGGAAGAAAGGAUGGUGAGUUGAUUGUGUUAGGGGAGAGAAAUUUGUUACAUAUUUUUUUUCUUUUUUAAAAAUUAAGUGUUCUUUUU